AUGUCAAAUUUAAAGUCCAUUGGGGCAGGGCCCCACGUCAGACCUUACAACUCAGUAGACUACCUAAGGCCCCUAGUGCCAUGUAUACCUGACCCCCUUAAGAUCACCCCAUGCACUGGUGGAGGCACGCCCGCAGCGAUUCUUCCCCCACACAGAGUCGAAAGGUUUAUCCAAGCUCAAGCUCGAGCCAUCUCUAUACCUUCACAUCGGAAAUCACCCAAAGAAUGGCCUCAGAGCGCUGGAAAGGAGGACAUCAACUUUGACGUUCUAAGUUCAGCAACUCCAUCCCCAACUGAAGAUGUGCUUGAUGUAGCGAUCGUCAGACGCGUCUUGUCGGCAAUUCGGAAGGUGAUGGAAGACCUCAAGGCCGAUGCAUCUCAAAGACUGCCGGCGAACGAAGCGGCCGCACAACUGCACACAAUUUACGACCUUAUUUUUUCUAGCAAACGUUCUUGCAAGGCACUUCUCAAUUUUCAAGGAGACGAUGCUAAAAUAGUCCUCAAUUCUCUCCAGUGGUUACUCGACUACCCACAAUCAAACUCUACCCAGAGGAGCAGGCUGCUUUCAGCCUUGCUUCGUCUAUCCCGCAAAAGUGGGUUAUACCCAGAGUGUAUCAUACUAAAAGACAUUGUACGCGAAGACGAUUGUGCCGUUGCCUCGGGGCACUUUGGGGAGGUUUGGAAGGGGAAGUUUCGCGAUCAACAAGUCUGUCUCAAGGUCGUCAAGAUAUAUAAGCAAUCUCAUGUUGAUCACCUCUUGAAAGUUUUUGCUAAGGAAGCAAUUUUGUGGAGCCGGCUUUCGCAUCGAAACUUGCUUCCAUUUUACGGUAUAUAUUAUCUCACAGAUGGUCACGGCAGAGUAUGUCUGGUCUCUCCAUGGAUGAAUAAUGGAAACGUAAAGGAGUAUCUCCUCGAAAAUCCACAGGUGGAUCGUGUCCUCCUGGUGUCCGAUGUUGCCGCUGGGGUGUUGUACCUGCAUCAAAAAGCAAAAAUUGUUCAUGGAGAUUUAAAGGGGGUAAACAUCCUUGUAACAGAAUCCGGGAAAGCCUGUCUUGCAGACUUCGGUCUCUCUAAUCACGCCGAUGCUGAAAUGCUAACGUGGACAUCCGAAAGUUCUGCAAAUAUCGGUGGGACUGUUCGUUGGCAAGCUCCGGAAUUAUUCGAUUCGAAAAACGAGAACUCCAAGCCAACAAAAGAGACCGAUGUUUAUGCCUUUUCUUGUGUAUGUUAUGAAAUCUUCACCUGUCAGGUUCCGUUUCAUGAGAUAUCCCGAGAGUCCAUCGUCAUGAUGAAAGUCAUGGAGGACAAACGGCCUUCUCGCCCGGCGAAGGAUAGUGUGCCCUUCAUUGAAUGGGGACUCACAGAUUCUAUGUGGAGGUUGAUGGAGCGGUGCUGGGAUCGAGACUCGGAGAAUCGUCCUACGAUGGAAAGUAUUUCCCGGAAGGCCUUUCUUUCUUCGCUUGUUGACGAUAGACCCUCGGGAAGGGGUGAAGCUCUUUCACCACCACAAUUCCGUGGAGCCAUGCAUGGAUUUUUAUAA